AAAUGCUCGCAGAAGUCUCUGAUGAAAUUGUGGAUGAAGAGGAAGGUGGCAUUAAGCAGGCAGUAGAAGGCAACUGUACUGAUGACACGGGGUUACUCACUGAUGCACCAGAAACAAAUGAAGACAAGGACAGAGAGAACAGCGAUGAAAGCCAGCAAGCUGCUGUAACGCUAACACUGGUCGAUAAAGAGACUAACACUGAGGAAUCGGUUAACAAAAACGCAACAGUCCGACCCAAGGACAGAGCCAGCUGGAGCUCAAGACAGCGUCCUUUUGUCAGGAACAGCAUGAUAGUGCGCUCGCAAACCUUCUCUCCAGGCGAGCGGAACCAAUACAUCUGUAGGUUGAACCGAAGUGACAGCGAUAGCUCAACACUAGCCAAAAAGUCUCUCUUUGUGAGAAAUGCCACAGAACGGCGGAGCCUAAGAGUUAAACGGCCUGUUUGCCAACCAAUCAUGCGAAGAGCUACGCAAGAGUGCCCUAUACGCACUUCCCUUGACUUGGAGCUGGACCUCCAGGCAUCACGCACGAGACAGAAUCGUCUGAAUGAUGAGCUUCAGGCCUUGCGGGAUCUUAAACAAAAGCUUGAGGAAAUGAAAGGCAGAGGAGAGACAGACCUUCCCCUGUGUGUGCUGGAGGAUGAACGGUUCCAGAAACUCUUGAAACAAGCUGAAAAACAGGCUGAAUGGUCAAAAGAAGAAGAGAAACAAGGUUUAAGUGCUGAGAAAUUGAUGAGGAAAGCUUCUAAGGAUGUAUGCCGGUUACGGGAGCAGAGCCAGAAAGUGCCACUGCAGGUGCAAUCAUUCAGGGAGAAGAUAGCAUACUUCACAAGAGCAAAGAUCAGCAUACCAGCCCUUCCAGCUGAUGAUGUAUAAUUAUGCAUUUUCAUUGAAGUGUUUUUCCACUUGCUCAUUUCUCUUCAGAUGAACUUUGUAAUUCCAGUGACCUGCUUUUAAAGAUCUUCUAUUUUACAUUCACUAUUGUUAUGUUUAUUUGUAAAAUAUAGUGAAUUGAAUUGUUGUAUGCUUAAAAAAUG